AUGUCGAUGAGUGAGCGGAAGACUAUCGACCUCGAACAGGGAUGGGAUUUCAUGCAGAAGGGCAUCACCAAGCUCAAGAAUAUUCUGGAAGGCCUGCCCGAGCCUCAAUUCAGCUCUGAGGACUACAUGAUGCUUUAUACGACCAUCUACAAUAUGUGUACUCAGAAGCCUCCUCAUGACUAUUCCCAACAACUUUAUGACAAGUAUAGAGAGUCUUUUGAAGAGUACAUUCUAUCAACGGUAUUGCCUUCUUUGAGAGAGAAGCAUGAUGAAUUUAUGUUGAGAGAACUCGUGAAAAGAUGGGCAAACCAUAAAAUUAUGGUCAGGUGGCUUUCCAGGUUCUUUCACUAUUUGGAUCGUUACUUUAUUGCUCGGAGAUCACUUCCAGCCCUUAAUGAAGUUGGAUUGACUUGCUUCCGUGAUUUGGUUUACAAGGAACUAAAUUCGAAAGUUAGAGAUGCAGUUAUUUCACUUAUUGAUCAAGAACGUGAGGGAGAGCAGAUUGAUAGAGCUCUAUUAAAGAAUGUAUUAGACAUAUUUGUUGAAAUUGGAAUGGGGCAAAUGGAUCACUAUGAGAAUGAUUUUGAAACUGCCAUGCUCAAAGAUACUUCUGCUUAUUAUUCCCGAAAGGCUUCAAACUGGAUCCUAGAAGAUUCUUGUCCUGAUUAUAUGCUCAAGGCUGAGGAGUGCUUAAAACGGGAGAAAGAUAGGGUUGCACAUUAUUUACACUCUAGUAGUGAGCCAAAGUUAUUAGAGAAAGUUCAACAUGAAUUGUUAUCUGUGUAUGCAAACCAACUUCUCGAGAAAGAGCACUCUGGAUGUCAUGCUUUACUUAGAGAUGACAAGGUUGAAGACUUGUCAAGAAUGUUCAGGCUGUUCUCUAAGAUACCUCGAGGCUUAGAUCCUGUUUCCAGCAUAUUUAAGCAGCAUGUCACCACUGAAGGUAUGGCAUUGGUGAAGCAGGCUGAAGAUGCAGCUAGCAACAAAAAGGCAGAAAAAAAGGAUAUUGUUGGUCUUCAGGAGCAGGUUUUUGUUCGGAAAGUCAUUGAGCUGCAUGACAAGUACCUGGCAUAUGUGAAUGAUUGUUUCCAGAAUCAUACUCUUUUUCACAAGGCUCUUAAAGAGGCUUUUGAGGUCUUUUGCAACAAAGGUGUUGCUGGAAGUUCAAGUGCAGAACUGCUUGCCUCCUUCUGUGAUAACAUUCUUAAGAAAGGAGGAAGUGAAAAAUUAAGUGAUGAAGCAAUAGAAGAAACUCUAGAAAAGGUGGUCAAGCUGCUUGCUUAUAUCAGUGACAAGGACUUGUUUGCUGAAUUCUAUAGGAAGAAGCUUGCUCGAAGGCUUCUCUUUGACAAGAGUGCCAAUGAUGAUCAUGAGAGAAGUAUUUUGACAAAAUUGAAGCAACAAUGUGGUGGACAGUUUACCUCAAAGAUGGAAGGAAUGGUUACGGAUUUGACAUUGGCAAAGGAGAAUCAAACUAGUUUUGAGGAGUAUUUAAGCAAUAAUCCCAAUGCAGACCCUGGUAUAGAUUUGACAGUUACAGUUUUGACUACUGGCUUCUGGCCUACUUACAAAUCUUUUGAUCUCAAUCUUCCUGCAGAAAUGAUUAGGUGUGUUGAAGUAUUCAAAGAAUUUUAUCAAACUAAAACAAAGCACAGAAAACUUACAUGGAUAUAUUCCUUGGGUACCUGUACUAUUAGUGGGAAAUUUGAGCUCAAAACCGUGGAGCUGAUUGUUACAACCUACCAGGCUUCAGCGUUGCUGCUUUUUAAUUUGUCAGAUAGACUGAGUUACUCAGAGAUAAUGACGCAAUUAAACUUAUCAGACGAUGAUGUUAUUAGACUGCUGCAUUCCUUGUCAUGUGCCAAGUACAAGAUUCUCGUCAAGGAGCCAAAUACAAAAACAAUAUCAGCCACUGAUUCUUUCGAAUUUAAUUCUAAAUUUACCGACAAAAUGAGGAGAAUCAAGAUUCCUCUUCCUCCUGUGGAUGAGAAGAAGAAAGUAAUCGAGGAUGUUGAUAAAGACAGAAGAUAUGCUAUCGAUGCCUCAAUUGUGCGUAUUAUGAAGAGUCGGAAAGUGUUGGGCUACCAACAAUUAGUCAUGGAGUGUGUUGAACAGUUGGGUCGCAUGUUUAAGCCUGACGUCAAGGCUAUUAAAAAGCGGAUUGAAGAUUUGAUUUCUCGAGACUACUUGGAAAGAGACAAAGAUAAUCCUAACAUUUUCAAGUACUUGGCUUGA